GUAGAUGGUUUCCAUUCAGUGUGAUUUUGUUUCAGGCGGUGAUAAUCUGAUCAUCAUCUGGAAUGUGGGCACUGGAGAACCCUUGAUGACAAUGGAUGACCAUCUUGAUCUCAUUUAUAACAUCAGUUGGACCUACAAUGGUAGUCUGUUUUGUACCACUUGCAAGGAUCUUCGCCUUCGAGAAAGACUGUCCCCACAUGAGGGUAUCCGGCCAAUGAGAGCCAUUUUUACCAGAGAGGGCAACAUUUUCACCACAGGUUUCACCCGGAUGAGUCAGAGAGAGCUUGGCCUGUGGGAUCCGACUAAUUUUGAAGAGCCCAUAGCACUGUUGGAGUUGGACACAAGUAAUGGAGUUUUAUUGGCUUUUUAUGAUCCAGACACUAGCAUUGUGUUUCUCAGCGGCAAGGGUGACAGCAGUAUUCGGUAUUUUGAGAUCACAGAGGAGCGUCCCUAUGUGCAUUACAUCAGCAAAUUCAGUAGCAAGGAACCACAGAGAGGAAUGGGCUUCAUGCCCAAGAGAGGAGUGGACGUCAGCAAGUGUGAGAUUGCCAGACACAGCAGGCCCAGAGCCAGCUCUGGAACCUGAAGAAUGGAUGGACGGACAAGAUGCAGACCCCACAUUAGUGUCCAUGAGGGAUGGCUAUGUUCCUCCAAAGAGUAGAGAGCUAAAGGUGGCCAAGAAGAAUGUUCUAGACACCAGGCCUUCAACACGUAAAAGCAUGUCUGUCAUAGAUGGAAGUAGUUUGCCCGUAAGUAGAAUAUGUUGGUUAUCCUUGGUCUCUUUCAAAGCUUUUGUUCCUUUAUCACCUCCUUUUCUGAAAUUUCUCAAGAAGCAAAUAUGGCUAGGAAUUUUAUUCAGAUUCGGUUACUUUUAAAAACAAUAAUAAUAAUUUAAAAAAAAAACACAUUGGAACAUUAUAAAAACAUACCCUAACAAUGUUUUCUGUGUUUUUUUUUUUAAUCUAUAAUGCUACGGCAUAUGUAUGUUUAAGCUGUAGCUUGAUGUCUGAUACUAUGAAAAAAGCACCACCAAAUUAUAUAAUUAAUACAGUGUAUAAGCUUAAAUCACAAAUUAAUGACUGAUCUGGUUCUUUUAAUGAAACUGUCGAAAUAACUCACACUAUCACUAAAUACUACUGAAUCAGUAAGUUGGCGACACCUGACAGUUGUACCUAAUAUUUUUUGAAAUGUGGUACUUUGAAGAAUUGAAUUGUGGAAACCACAGUGUAAGUGAAUAAAUGGAAGUGUAAUCUGAAUCUGAAUCAUUAAUUUCCUUUUGAUUCCCAUCCCUAGAAGCUAAACAUAUCUUUUUAUUUCCUAAUUAAACCUGUCCUUGACUUGCUCUUUUCCCUCUAUUUUUUUUGCUUUUAUUCAUCCUUAUUCUACUGUCACUAUUCUUCUCUCUUCUGUUUCCUCUUUCCAACUGCCAUCUUCUCCUUUGCUUUCUCUCAGUCUCUUUCAAACUCUAGCCUCAGUUGUUGGAGAAGCUUGUUGAGGAGGUCCAAAAUCUGAAGGCCACAGUUCUCUCUCAGGAGAAACGAAUCUGUUUCUGUGAUUUAGAGAAUAAGCUCUCGAAGUACACUAAUGGCAGUCUGAAUAAAGCUAACUCAUCCAAUGCACACCCCAAUUCACUGCUAACCCCUUAAAACUAAAGUACGAGCACAGAUAAGGCAACAACCGUAACUCCGGUUCAACUGGCUGUACCACCAAGUGAUUUCUUGACUUCACAGGCUUUUUUUACAUGUGAAUAAAUCACCUAUACGGUAGUUAG